CCUAAUCUCAUGGCCACACCCAUUCAUCAAACAUAAAUAUCCCAAUCAAAAGAAAACGGAGGAAAAAUGUCCACCCCACAAGAAAUCCAAGCAAUCCGCGAAGCAGACUACAUCCGCUUCAAACACUACGCCGCACUGGGCUUCCUCGUGGCCUCGCCAAUCCUAAUCGCCCUCCCACCACGACGUCUCGAUCCUCUCACCGUCCUGUUGACGAGCGCCUUCUUUGUCUCCGCAAACCACAUCACCCACGAACGCACAGGGCGGAGUAUCGUCGACCGUAUCGAGUCGAAAAUCGCAUAUUCCUCGAAGGCCGUGUCUGUGCCUGACCUCCCGAGUGAGCGCGCGUUGGAACUCCAGGCUCGGAUGCGAGCUGCGCGCGAUGCGCAGAUCAAAGAAGGCGGUCUGGUUAGUGAGGAAUUGGAGAAGUUGAAGGCGAGACAGGAGCAGGAGAAGGGGAUGGCGGAGAGAAUUUGGAUGGGGGGUGAGGUGGAGGGGUGGAAAGAGCGGCGGCUGCGGGAGGAGAGGGAGGCGUUGGAGGAGGGGAGGGGAUAUGGGGAUUUGAUCAAGGAGCAUAUCUGGGAUGUGUGGACUUGGGGGAAGAAGGAUGAGGAAGAUGAGGAUGAUGAUUGAGUUGGUUGUGUGGAGUGUUGAUUUGAAGCGAUGGAUUCAUGUAUAGGUAUUUGUAUUAUAUGGUUGGCGUUGAGGUAUUCUUGUACAAACAAAGGGACUCUCUUACAGAUCUACGAAGCUACGAGUAGACAACAUUCAGUUGAUAAUUCUUCAUUCUUGAAUUCAACAAAUACACAACUUUCCUAGAUUGUAUCCCCUGGGCUCUGGGGAUACAACCAGGAUACAAAACAAAAUAAUCCAUAUCAAUCUGUAUAAAUCAACGAUAAUCCACCAUCAUCCCCCCAUUCGGGCUGUCGAAUCAAGGGAAACUUCCUGACAAAUGUCAGGUAAAAACCUUGAUCAGGAUGCAACCAUCAAAACAAUAUAGUAAAUUCAAUCUC